AUGCCCUCAAUCCUCCUCCUAAACGGCCCAAACCUCAACCUCCUGGGCACCCGCGAACCCCACCUCUACGGAACAACAACCCUCAGCGACGUCGAAACAGCCGCCAAAGAACUAGCAGCCAGCUACGGCGCGGACGUAGAAUGUCUACAGUCCAACCACGAAGGCAUGCUGAUUGACCGCAUCCAUGAAGCAAGAGGAAAGGUCCAGGCGGUCGUCAUCAAUCCGGGUGCCUUUACACACACUAGUGUCGCAUUGCGGGAUGCAUUGCUUGGGGUCGGACUUCCUUUUAUUGAGGUCCACAUUACCAACGUUCAUGCCAGGGAACCGUUUCGGCAUCAUAGCUAUUUGUCGGAUAAGGCGGCGGCUAUUAUUAUUGGGUUGGGGACUUUUGGGUAUCAGGUUGCUGUGAAGCAUGCGUUGGAGAAUUUGGUGAAAAAGAAAUCGUAG